AUGACCUGCAUCGCUCUCGUCCCGGCUGGCUGCGAGCAAGCAGCAAGCUCCGCGCAUGCCUCCUCAUGUCCGGACUCCGUCGCCGCUCCCGCACACCCGCCCGCCCGCCUCCCCGAGGGCUCUCCUGCAUCCCCGUCGAUCUCCCCCGCCGGCGGCGUCGAGGAGCACAGCUCCUACUUCCACGUGCUCCAGGCGACCGGCAGGACGAUGGGCCCGUCGAUCGACGCCAUGGGCAACUUCAUCCUCUACGCCCCGACCCGCCACGGCCAGGCGGACCAGACAGACACCUCCCUCAUCGCCACCGGCGAGAUCCGGAAGCAGCGGUAG